AUGGCUUCAGGUCGGUCCUUCAAGUUGAGUAGCGGCUAUAGCAUGCCCGCCGUUGGCCUGGGCACAUGGCAAUCCAAAAAAGACGAAGUACGCGAGGCGGUUAAGACAGCUCUUGAAGCAGGCUACCGACAUAUCGAUGCGGCUGCUGUUUAUGGUAAUGAGAAAGAAGUUGGAGACGGAAUCAAGGCGUCUGGGGUACCCCGUGGAGAGAUCUUCUUAACAAGCAAACUUUGGAACACCCAUCACGAACCUGAACACGUCGAAGAGGCUGUGAACAAGUCACUUACUGAUCUCCAGACUGACUAUCUUGAUCUUUACUUGAUCCAUUGGCCAGUAGCGUUCCGGUACUCCAACGAAACCAUACAGCCUGUUGACGCGACAACAGGCCUCAUUGACGUUAUCGACGUACCUAUCAAGGACACUUGGUCAGCGAUGGAGCGUCUGGUGAAGGAAGGAAAAGUUCGCACGAUCGGAGUCAGCAACUUCACUCGGGAGAAGAUUGAAGAAUUGCUCAAGACCGCGAAAAUCAGACCUGCAGUAAAUCAAAUUGAGGCCCAUCCUUACCUCCAGCAACGGGAGCUUCUCCAGUGGAGUAAAGACAAUCAAAUUCUUAUUACGGGUUAUUCUCCUUUGGGAAACAACAUUUACAACAUUCCUCGUGCGGUUGAUGAUAACCUAGUGGUUGACACUGCCCGCCAACUAGGUAAAACACCAGCGCAAGUGUUGAUCAGCUGGGCCGUACAACGCGGAACAGCGGUCCUUCCAAAGUCAGUCACGGCGGAAAGAAUUCGCAGCAACUUUGAGGACUUCGUACUCCCCAAAGAUUCAUUCGAGAGUGUUCAGAGUCUAGAGAAGCACAAGCGUAUGAACUUCCCCGCGAGACUUGGAGUGGAUAUCUUUGGCGAAGUUGGCGAGGCUAGUGCGAAGCAGAGUGCAUUGGCCUGGGCAGCAGAGCAGAAGACGAUCGGAAAAUAA